CAACACUCUACACUCUACACUCUACACAGUACAUCCCGCACACUUAACAGACUCCCCAUCUAAUCCAGCGCCAAAACAAAGCUAAGUCCGCCACCCCGUCGCGCGCAACGUGCUUCUUCUACGGCACACUUGCUGAUCCAGCAAUGCUCACUGAAAUCCUAUUCUUAGACGAAAAGCCCAUCCUCCGACCAGCUUACAUGAUAGGCUAUGAAUGUAAGCUGUGGGGACAGUAUCCUGCCUUGCUUGAUGCCCCUGGCUCAAUCGUUCGAGGUGUUGCCUACCACGUGCACACGGUGGAGAAUGGAGAGAAGCUUGCCGCAUAUGAGACAGACAACUACCGCAUCGAGCCUUGUCUUAUCAAUUACACAGACAAUCAUGAGUCGGAGGAGGAUCUCGGAUACACAUUCAAAUUUGCGGGGAAUCCAAAUGACCUUAGUGAUGGCAUCUUUGACUUGGGAGUUUGGUUGAAGCGGAUGGGGAGGGAUGGCAGGUCUUGUUGAUGGGACCUACUUAAUGUAUUCAUUCCAGUCAACAGUGCUUUGAUACUUGGCUGUAACUAGAUCCAUUUGGACCGCUCGUGCAGUCAGACUGUUUCCCAAAUGCCGAGUGAAAGGCCAUAGUCUCG